CACUGUGGGCUCGCAGGCAGACACAGCUGACUCCACCCGAGCUGGCCGCUGUCCUUGCAGUACGGGGGAAAACAGGGACCUUGCAAUGAUCUCGCUGGACUUCAAUUUCAACAUUUUGACAAGGGACCUGUGCGACCUGUCACAUUAUCUGGAAAAUCAAGUCAAAGUCGGGCUGUUCGGAUCGGGAGUAGGACUGUCUCUGGUACUGGGCUUUAGCGCAGCGUACACCUGCUACUAUUUGCUCUCAGUAGCGAAGAAGCCCCAGCUCAUCUCAGGGGGUAAGAAGUUCUACCACUUUCUGAGGGAGCAAUGUCCGGUAGUGUCAGAGACCUACUAUCCCACCUUUUGGUGCUGGGAGAGUCGCAUCCAGACUCUACUAAGACCCUUUGUCACAGCCAAACCUGGGGUUGUCUACAAAAAUGAGCUUAUUAAGGCAGCAGAUGGAGGACAGAUCUCUUUGGAUUGGUUUGACAACGAUGACAGCCUCUCUCAUCCUGACCCUGCCACCAGGCCCACAGUCCUCCUUCUCCCCGGUCUGACUGGCACCAGCCGAGAGUCCUACAUCCUGCACAUGGUCCAACAGAGCCGGGAUCUGGGCUAUAGAUGUGUGGUAUUCAACAACAGAGGGGUUUCCGGUGAAACGCUGCUGACCCCCAGGACCUACUGUGCAGCCAACACAGAGGAUCUGGAGACUGUUAUUGAGCACAUCCAGAAGACUAAUGAAGCUGCUCCAAUCAUGGCUGCUGGAGUAUCAAUGGGCGGGAUGAUGCUGGCCAACUACUUGGGGCGCAAGGGGCGGGAAACCUGUCUGAAAGGGGUUGUAGUCUUCUCAGCAGGCUGGGAUGUAUUUAAGUGCACCGCUUCACUGGAAAAACCCCUGGACCGCUUCAUCUUCAACUCUUACCUCACCAGCUGCCUACAAGCCUCUGUGCACAGACACAGACCAGUGCUCGAAAAGUGUUACGACAUCGAUCAUGUCAUGAAGGCAAAGACCCUUCGAGAGUUUGAUGAGCGGUUCACCUCCAUAAUGUUUGGUUAUCCUACCAAUGAUGACUACUACCAUGAUGCCAGUCCUGUCCACAGGCUGAAAUCUGUGCAGGUGCCAAUGCUGUGUCUCAAUGCCGCUGAUGAUGUCUUUUCCCCGUCUCAUGCCAUUCCAGUGGAGGCAGUGAAGCAGAAUCCCAACCUGGCGCUGCUCAUAACCUGUCACGGCGGCCAUAUUGGUUUCCUUGAGGGCCUGUGGCCUCGAAGGAGCACUUACAUGGACCGAGUCUUCAAGCAGUUUGCUAAGGCGGUCAUCGAACAAGGCAGCGUACUCCAAGACCUCUCCUGAUAAGAGAACUUAACAGUGUUCUUCUAGUUAUACUUUCUUUCUCGAAUCCCUUUCUUCCUCUUUCCUUCCUUCCUUUAAUCUUUUCAUUCAUCUUUGCCAUCCUUCUUUCAUUGCUGUAUUCCAUCCAUGUUAUUAUUCAGUCCAUUUUUAUUCUAUUCUUCCUUGUUUUUCUUUCUGUCUUCCUUCCUUCGUUCCUUCCUUUGACCCUUUUUCCUCUUUCACCCUUGAUGUUCAUCUCUUCUUUCUGCUUUCUAUUCAUCCUUUUUUCCUUCGCUCUCUACCUAAUCCUAUUCUACCUAUUUCCUUGACUUACUUUUAUCUUUGCCUUUCAUCCUUUUGUCCCUUUCUUCCUCCUGCCAUAAGCAAAACAAAAAAAGUUAUUUCUCAUUUGAAGGGCACAUCUUAUUGAAUGCAGCCUUUGUGUUGCAUUCAACAUUCAUUUAUUUAUUCCAUACAGUUAACAAGGCAUUGUAUGUAAUCAAACUCUUAGUGGUAUGGUUAUUUAAAAAAAAACAACAAUAGCUGUUCAUGUCCCUGUUGAAAUGCUAAAUCUGUACCCAUCUCAUUCUAUUGCAAUAGCUAGCUAAUAAAUUCUGAGAUUACCUUGUGUAAUCAUUUUCUUUUGAAGGUAACACAAGUACUGUACAUGGAAAUCCAAUCAUCUUUGUUCAUGAACCUUUAGUACUUAUAUCAGUAGGAUUUUAGCCCUCAGGGAUUUUAUUUAUUUAUUCCUGUGUAAAUUUGUUUUGUUAAUCAUUCUCAUUUAAUCUGUAUUUUUCUUGUGUAAAGGUAGAUGUUAUUUACCAGUUGACAUACAGUUGUUUCUUUUCUUUAAAGUAAUAGUUUGAUAUUUUGGGAAAUAAGAUUAUUUGCUUUCUUGCAAAGUUAAAUGAGAAGAUUGACACCACCAUCAUGCCAAUUCCUUAAAUACAAAGCUACAGCUAGCAGCUAAUUAGCUUAGCCUAGCAUAAAGACAGUAAGCAGGGAGCAAGAUUCAGGAUUCAAGAUUCCUUUUAUUGUCAUUCAGCAAAACACAGAAAUGUAAAGCAUGAACGAAAUUACGAGCAUGGCUCCUUUUUAAAACAUAGAUAAAAAGAGGUUAAUAAAACAGGGGAAUAGAGCAACAACUAGCUUGGCUCUAUACAAAAUCCACCUACGAGCACUGGCAGGCAGAUUUCUUUUUACCUUUAGACAGAGCCAAGCUAGCUGUUUCCCACUGCUACCCGUCUUUAUGCUAAGCUUAGUUAAACUAACCGUCUGCCUCAUAAUGCACAGACAUGAGAGUACUAUUAAUAUCCUCAUCUUCCUCUUAGCAAGAAAGCGAAUGAGCGUAUUGCCGCGAAUGUCAAUCUUUUCCUUUCUUUAACCUUCUGCAUGCACUUUUAUUUUCACACAUUCUACCUUUAUGCACACCAAAUAAUUCUACAAAUGUAUAAUAUGGGGAAUAAUUCAUUAAUGACAAGGAAUGUGAAAUUGCACUAUUUUAGUUGAUAUUACCAUGCCUCUAAUUCCUUAAUGCAAGGCACUUAAUUUCAUUCGAUAUAUGAAAGUAUAUCCCAAAGGCCGAACAGAGCAGUAUAUGAAUUCCAUGAGGCUUUCUUUGUGAAAAUGUUGGUGGUUAGUUCUGUAAGAUAGUCUGAGGAGGCUAGAUACAGUGAUGUGAAUGACGCUAGGCACAUAAGAAGACGGAGAGUGUACAUGUUGGCUGUUUGAAGUGGUGUAUG